AUGAUGAGUUCCAGCUAUUGGAAUGAGACCAGCAGCAGCAGCAGCUGUGGGACCCAGCAGCCCCCAGAGGUGCUGCAGUGCCAACCCCAGCAUUACCACUGCUAUCAUCAGUCAAGCCAAUCUCAGCAGCCCCCAGAAAAAAAUGUAGUAUAUGAACGAGUGAGGACAUACAGCGGGCCCAUGAACAAGGUGGUACAGGCCUUGGACCCCAUCGGCUCACAAGAAGUGCUUUCCCCUCUCAAAACCGCCUCCUCCUACCAAAAUUUGGUUUGGAGCGACCAUUCUCAGGACCUCCAUUCUCCAACUCUGAAAGUAUCUACUUGUGCCCCAAGCACUCUACAUAUAACGCAAAAUACCGACCAGGAACUCCAUUCUCCAACAGUGAAAGUUACUACAUAUCCACAGACCACCAUUAGGAGAUAUAUAGUACAAAAUCCUGAACAGGAACCACUGUCUCCAUUCAUAAGAGGAGGUCAUUUCUUCCCAGGAAACAAUGUUAUUUAUGAAAAAACAAUAAGAAAAUUGGAGAAGCUAAAUACAGAUCAGGAGUGCUGUCCUCAGGUUCAAUGUCAUCAUCAUUACAUUGUCCAACAACCCCAGAUCAUCCACUCUCCACACUGUCAAGAAUCCCAUUCUACUCAACAAAUCCAGACCAUCACGGAAAGUGAUUCAAUCUCUACAAACACUGGAAAUGAGCUGUGUCAUGGUGGAUCAAGCCAGAUACAUGAAGAGGUUAUAAUUCAGGAUGCUGGCCCUGAAAAAUUGGACCCCAAGUAUUUUGGAGAGUUGCUUGCUGAUCUAAGCCGUAAGAAUAUGGAUCUGUAUCACUGCUUAUUACAACAUUUGCAGAGAAUUGGAGGAAGCAAACAGGACUUUGAGUCUACAGAUGAGUCAGAAGACAUUGAAUCAUUGAUUCCUACAGGACUUUCAGAAUUUACAAAACAACAAAUUCGCUAUAUUCUGCAGAUGAGGGGGAUGUCUGAUAAGUCACUGCGACUAGUGCUGUCCACAUUCAGCAACAUACGGGAGGAGCUUGGACAUCUUCAAAAUGACUUGACAUCACUGGAAAAUGACAAGUUAAGACUUGAGAAAGACUUGGCUUUCAAAGAAACUCAAAUAAAAGAGUAUGAAGAACUUUUGGCAUCAGUGAGAGCAAAUAAUCGCCAGCAGCAGCAAGGACUUCAAGACUCAAGCUCAAAAUGCCAGGCAUUGGAAGAAAACAAUCUCUCUCUUCGACAUACACUGUCAGACAUGGAAUAUAGACUAAAAGAACUGGAAUACUGUAAACAUAAUUUAGAACAAGAGAAUAAAAACCUUAGAAUACAGAUUUCUGAAACUUGCACAGGCCCAAUACUGCAGGCUAAAAUGGAUGAGAUUGGCAGUCAUUACAUGGAGAUGGUAAAAACUUUGAGACUGGAGAAAGAUAGAGAAAUCUCCAAACUAAGGACCCAAUUAAACCAGUACCAAAAGGAUGUUUCUAGAAGAGAGGGACAUUGCAGUGAUUUCCAAUUCAAGCUUCGUGAACUGACAAGCUCUCUGGAAGAGAAAGACUCCCUUAUAAAACGUCAGUCAGAGGAACUCUCCAAAUUGAGACAAGAAAUGUAUUCAUCUCAUAACCAACUCUCCAGUGGUGGAAGGACUACUAUUACCACUAAAAAGUACAGGACACAAUAUCCAAUUCUAGGCCUCCUGUAUGAUGACUAUGAAUAUAUCCCACCAGGCAGUGACACACAGACUAUUGUGAUUGAGAAAACAGAAGACAAAUGGACUUGUGUAAGUUCACUUGGACAUUUCUAG